AUGGCGACUUCUGCAGCGGCAGGGUUGUUAAGCCGCCAAUUAAAGCAGAUGCAAACAGAUAAGGACAUCCCGGGUAUUAGUUGCGGACUGGCAAAUGAUAAUAUAUUUGAAUGGGAGGUCAUGCUCAUGAUCUCGGAUGAGUGCAAGUUCUAUGGAGGCGGGUUUUUCUGUGCUCGACUAUCCUUCCCUCCGGAGUAUCCUCACUUGCCGCCGAAGAUGAAAUUCGAAACCCCGAUAUUCCACCCGAACAUCUACCCCAAUGGCGAAGUCUGCAUAUCAAUCCUCCAUCCCCCAGAAGACGACAAAUACGGUUACGAAUCUGCUGCGGAGCGCUGGUCACCUGUUCAAACUCCCGAAACAAUACUGCUAAGCGUCAUUAGCAUGCUCUCGAGCCCUAACGAUGAAAGCCCUGCAAAUGUGGAGGCUGCGAGACUGUGGCGUGAAGAUCCUAAGGAAUUCAAACGGCGGGUAAGGAAGUGUGUGAGGGAGAGCUUGGGAGAGGAGUAG